UUCCUUCUCUUCCAGGUCCUGAAAGCUCUUUGGGACGUGAGUGUUCUGUGUGGCUUUAAAGUACUAUAAACCGCGACUAAGUACGCAAUGGGAGGGAGCGAGAGCGCGAAAGUCGAUGCUGGAAAAUGCGACGAAGCUGUCCCCGCCUCGACCGCCCCGCAGAGCAGCAUGGAACCAGAGAUUCUUGAGGCUUCAGGAGUGGAGGAAUACGAGAGCCUGCCGGGCGACUCCCCGACGAAGUCGCCGCCGGCCGAGGCGUCGGGCCUCCGCCCCCGUCAGACUCAGCACCGGGCAAAGCUGAGUUGCAACGGGGAUGUGGAAGAGGAGCCGACCCCGGCCUUGUACUGCGGUUCGCCGUCCCCGUUGGAGCGCCGUCGCUCCGCGCACUUAGCGGUCAGGCGGCGAAUGCCGCCUCCUUGCGGCAUCUCGAGGAUCCGUAAGGCCAAUGGCCAAUGCGCGAUGGAUGACGCACUGCAGAUGCGAGAUCGCAUCGACUCGUUCUACGCAGAGACUUUUGCGGGUUGCCAUCCGUGUCCCCCGUCGCACAUCGGGAAGCCCUUUGAGCCCUCUCGGAUAAUGGAUGCCCCGGCGUCGGCGCACGUGCGACACCCGAGCAACGAGAUGGACCUGAGCCUGAUGGCGCACCAGGCGAUGGAGUCCGCGGGGCUCAUGGCGCACCACGCGGUGGAGUCCGCGGAGGACUUCGUGCGGAAGGUGUGCGAGGAGGCGUGGCAGGUGGUGUCGUUCCACCACCUUCCGUCCUGGCUCAAGGACAAUGACUUCCUGCACCACUGGCAUCGGCCGCCGCUGCCGUCCUUCGCCGCCUGCUUCCGGUCCAUCUUCCGGGUCCACACGGAGACGGGGAAUAUCUGGACUCAUCUGCUGGGGUGCGUGGCGUUCAUCGCAAUGGCCACUUACUACCUGACCCGGCCGUCGAUCGAGGUGCAGAUGCAGGAGAAGUUGGUCUUUGCUGCAUUCUUCCUCGGAGCCAUCCUCUGCCUUGGUUUCAGCUUCACCUUUCACACCGUACACUGCCACUCGGAGUUUGUCGGGAAACUGUUCUCCAAAUUGGACUAUUGUGGGAUCGCUCUGCUCAUCACGGGGUCCUUCGUCCCGUGGCUUUACUACGGUUUCUAUUGCGAAUUCCAACCGAAGCUCAUAUAUCUGACCGCCGUGGUUUCGCUGGGGAUUUCGGCCAUGAUAGUCUCUCUGUGGGACAAAUUCAGCGAGCCCCAGUACCGUUGGUUGAGAGCCGGAGUGUUCAUGGGCUUCGGUCUGAGCGGAAUCAUCCCGGCGAUGCACUAUCUUUCCUCGGAAGGCUGGUUCAAAGCGGUCUCGGAGGCCUCGCUCGGGUCUCUCCUCCUCAUGGGUUUCCUGUACAUCAUGGGUGCUUUGUGCUAUGCAUCACGCAUCCCUGAGAGGUUCUUUCCUGGCAAGUGUGACAUCUGGUUCCAGAGUCAUCAGAUCUUCCAUGUGUUGGUGAUAGCCGCUGCCUUCGUUCAUUAUCAUGGGAUCUCCGAGAUGGCCAUGUACCGGCUGACAACGGGAGAGUGCCAAGAUCACGGGCAGAUGGUCUUGUGAUAUCCCGGGGAAAUACCUGUUUCCUUUCCGUCUGUCUCCUGUCGCUUUCGAUGCGUCAAAUAUUUAUUGGGCACCAGAUUCUAAGAUUUGGUACAGCGUGGAAGUCUGUGAGAUUGCGUCAUACUAUAUUUGUGUUCGGCCUGGGACUUCAUUCCCCGUUUGUGAUUCAUGUGUUGGUGAGAAAGGUUGUAAGGUGCUGGACUGUUGGGAGCGUCACAAUGGGCCUCGGCUGCAGCUGAGGCUCGAUGCAUGGUAGCUAUGUUGGUCUUGAGUCUUGGACUCUGUUUUCUUUCAGGUAUCGCAUUUAAUAACCUGAAUCUGGUGGUGUCAUGGUACAACUUUCUGUAGCUGUGAGACCUUUUCAGUUUACUUCAAAGAACAAAUUGGGUGUCAAUGCACAAUUGCAAUUGCCUCGCAGAUGUAGAGAUGAACAUUAGGAAGGUUCAUUUGGGAAUUAUUUCAGUCACAUAAUCAUACACCAGUAACUCAUGAAUGGAAAUUAUGACCAGUGAAUAUAUAUUUAUUUAAAAGAGUGCCCUUGAGUACUCUUGCCCCCAAUCUUUCUUUAUUCUCGUAAACUUAGCCAGUCAGUUAAUAGUCCACCUCAUAGAAAAGCAAUGCUGUAUUCACGACUUAUCUCUGAAUGCAGCAUUGCAGAGGGCAGAAGGAAAAAAGAUUUAGAAAAUUGCAGUUAAAUUCUGUCCCUUGGCAUGGACACGAUAACCUUCUCUGGGUUGAAAUAGUUCAAUCCGUGAAGUUCAUAUUUACUUAGCCUCAUUGUUGUAAUCACUUACAGGAAUGUUCUCUUCCAAUAUUCCUUUUUUUCAGCAUCAGCUGUGUGCCAAAUAGGCUGGAUUUCAACCAGGGCUUCAUGACGAGUGAAGUGGCAAUUUGAUUCUGGCUAAUUUCCAAGUCAUUUAAUUUUGGAUUCUUGCCCAGUUCAGAUUUUUUAUGUCUUCAGUUUCAGCACAGGUACUGAUUAUAGCAGGAUCUUGCUUUUCUGUAUCUUUUGGACCAGUUACUACUACUACUCCAAUAUGUAAAAGUUGAAAGCAAAUAAAUUAGUUUUUGGAUCAGAGUAAUCUGCCUCAUUUGCAUGAUUACAAAUAAAAGCUUCUGAAAGUAUCUGGUCUUCAUUUGUAUUGACAAUAACGAAAUCUGAAUUGCAAAUGAGGUCUGUUGUCAAAUAUUGGUUCAGGAUUACAGGUUUUCUGUUUCAGUUUGAAGUCCUGGUUGUAACGUUCUCAGCUACCGCUAGGAGACUCGGCAGUUUGAAUGGGAGUGCUGUACAUUUUCAUUCUAAGUGCCUUUUUUCAGUGUUGGAAUUGCAUUUUCAAUAAUAAAGCAUUCCUGAUGUAUCCAUAAUUUUUGACUGGGUAGGAGUUCCAUUUUAGUAUUUUUGCUUUAAAUUCACACAUACGUGUGUGUCCUGGCUCAAGCUCAAUGAAGAGAUCUGAAAACCAUGUACAAAAUCAUGGUAUUCAAGUGAAUGCAUUUUGUUAUUGCCAUUUUCCAACUUGGCUUGUUUGUCUUUCAAUGUUGACCCAUGUCCUUGUCAGUUCCUCAGCACACAAUAAAACAAUCAUUGUCUCCAAUGGUCUUUCUUCAUACCCACCAAUAAAUAAUUGCCUGAUUCAUGUUUUAUUUUGAUGGUGUGCAGUUGGAUGGCCAGAUAAACUUCAUUAUUAUUCCCUAGUCUUACCCUUCCAUUCUUGUAAAAAAAUCCCAAAUAAACUUGAAUAAAAGUUUUUUG